AUGCACGAAACUGUUUUUGAAAAAGUUUUGACACUGGCAAUUUAUGAAAUGCUUGGUCCCGAAGCUAAAAAAGCAACAGAUGUUGCACCCAAAGAAAAAGCUAAAACUAUAUUUGCAAAAAUUGAUGUUAACGGCGAUAAACAAAUUACUCAAAAAGAAUUCGUUGAUGGCUGUCUUGCUGACAAGGAACUGUUCCACAUCUUGACAAAUGAAGGGGAUCGAUGA